AUGGUGCAGACUGCGACCAGGGCACUCAAGAUGUACGUUCGCAAUCUAGAUCAGAAGGAUUGGGAUGAGUAUGCCCAGCGACUUACCUUCGCGAUCAAAACGGCCCACGAUCGGAUCCAAGUAGAUACCCAUCACUAUUUGUCGGAUGCACUAGAUGGAGCGAUCGAGACGCACGGCGGUGGCGUUAUCGGGUCUAGCGAUAUUACCAGCAGUCCCGGGAGCAAGUCAACGCCAGAUUGA